CUAUUACUCUGAGAUGGUCACUCCUGUUGCCUUCCGCUUACGCCUGCCAGCUACCUGGAAGAUUCACAACGCCUUCCAUGUUCAACUUUUGAAGCCCUAUCGAGACCCUAACACGGUCUUCACCGGACGCCAACCCCCACCGCCGCCGCCCGUCCUCGUCCACGAUGAACCCGAGUAUGAGGUCGAGUCCGUGCUCGCACACCGCCGUCGUCGGAAUGGCACCGUGGAGCUUCUCAUUCGUUGGAAGGGUUAUGAUCCUUCUGAGGAUACUUGGGUUCUUGAAUCCGAGAUGGGUAACGCUCGUCGUCCUCUUCGGUGAUUCUAUUACUAGAAGGGUCUAUUCCCUU